GGGGGCAGGCGGGAGAGGAAGACAGGUAGAGUCUGAGCAGGGGCGGGGAGGGGAAGCGUAGUCGCGCCUUCUCGCCGGGACACAUUAAAAGAAGGUCAACGAGAAGAUGUGAUGGAUUGCCGAUGGCCGUCUCUCCUCUCCGUCAUCUAAUUGCACGCGCAGAAGCAGGUGGUGUCCAGCCUACUACAAGCUUUCCCGUCUACGUCUGCACGCGCCGCGCCUUGCCAUCCGCCGCCGGAUUUUACGCGCCGGAGAACGAAGAAAAAGACGUCAUGAUCAACGAGACGCCGGGCGUCUUUUUAUUGCAGCGCGUGCCGACGCCGAUGUGCUCGUGUUCCCGGGACCGCAUUUAAAGGCCAGAUGACUUGAAGCGAUCAUCGCACGCGAGGUUGUAACUACGGCACUUGUUCCCUCCAAAGAUCAUUGUUGCAAACCAUGGCUGACCAGUACAGUAUGUUUCUCACCACCGCACCCCCCCUGCGACGAGGAAGCACACCCCUUCCCGUCAAGCACCAGCUGCGGAGAGAAGAGGCCGUGUCCGACGACUGCGAUUGGAUCCCGGGAUUGGAGGAACCCGCCAGCUUGCCUAUCGGCGACACAACAUUGCCCGGCGAUGAAUCGUUGGGUCAAACGCCAGCCGGCCAGUCCGCUUACCACAGUCAGGGAGGGGCACUGAAGAUUGUGCUCCUGGGACAGAACGGCGUGGGCAAGUCGUCACUGGCCUUGUCGCUGGCCGGCCAGUCGGACAGAUCGCUCUCCGUAGACUCCGAGACCCAAGCGUGCGGCGAGGGCUACGAGUGCACGGUCACGAUUGAUGACGAGGACAGCAAAAUCGUCGUUUUUGACAAUUGGAAACAGGACCUGUGCACUCUGCGGUGCGACGUGUGCAUCCUGGUCUUCUCCGUGACUGACAGGCGAAGUUUCCAUCGCACCGCGCAGCUCCGCCUACUCCUCAGGGAGUCCCAACCUCACACGCCAAUCAUCCUCGUGGGCAACAAGAGCGACCUUGUUCGCUCUCGUGAAAUCAGCACCGAGGAGGCCCAAUCCAGCGCCAUGAUGUUCGACUGCCACUACCUGGAGCUCUCGGCCUCACUGGAACACGGCACCAACGAGCUGCUGGAGGCGGCCGUCCGGGCCGCCAGGGGCGACUGCGUCGGACCCGCCUGGGAGGACGGCGAUCCCGCUUCGGGCCGCCGGGAAAGCUUGACCAGUCGGGCCAAGCGGUUUCUGGCGGGCCUCGUGCCGCGCUCUUACGGGCGAGAGCGUGACAGAGGACGCUAUCGGGAGAUGAGCCGCCACCGGGGCAGCAAGAUCUUUCGCCAGAAGUCUCGCUCCUGCCACGACCUCAGCGCACUGUGACAAGACAGACGAGGAGAGCGGCUCAAGACACACUUCAACACGUUUAUAUAUGUACACGCACACACACGCACGCACAGCAGUCAUGCCGGAGGGGGAGGUGUGAAAUGUGAACUGGAAGAAGAUACACAGGAGCAGGAACGACAGGGAGAUAGAAAAGACGCAAAUGGCUGCACGUGCUCUCUCAGGCUGAAGCUUUGUGGCCCCGCGUGCUGAAGGGGGGUGGGGGGGGGGGGGGGUACAAAAGAGUACGUAGCCGGCUGGAUCGAUUUCACGUAACCUUGAACUUUCGCACACAAAACCCCCGAAUCAGAAAAGGGAACACGGUGGAAUGAGUUCAGAUCCAAACAAUAACAACCGUCGGGAUUCAUUUUGACCUCAAGAAAAAUAGCACAUUUCGUUUUUCACCUCAGGAGUGGACAUUUUGAAGCCGAUAUUUUCUCUUUUGUUUUUUUUUUAAAUUCAGUUGACUGGAUCUCUUUCAGAGCGCGACCGUGUAUUUGUUUGCAAAUAAUCAGGGAUUGAAGACGAGUGGUGAAGUACCUCCGGCGUGAUGACUUUUUGUUCUUUUCUUGAGGAGUGCAGCCACAGUCUUUGUUGUUUUUAAUACGCGGCACUUCUCCUCUCCCGACCUUUUUCGAUCUGAUGAAGGAUGGAACUAAAUCAACCACUGCCACAUCCCACCUGCUCUUUCUACCUGUUGGGAGAUGCCAAUGGAAGAACACGAAAAGGACAUAUGGGAGGAAGAAUGGGGAGGGGGGGGGGUCACAAAGAGACACACUCAAGUAGCACACACCGACGAUGCAGACUGAUUAGCGAGCUCACGUCAACGUUUUGUGAAUCUUGUUAUAGAGCAUGCCCAGUAGACGGCCGGCCCUGGAGGUUGAUGGGUUGGACUGGACCUCGCUGGCCAAUAGGGUAACGCACAAUCUAGCUAGUAAAACUAUCGCAAAAGCAAGACCCUUUAUUUCACCUCCUUAGCCGUUGAUGCAUUUUUUUCCCCCCGCCCCUCUCGACAUCCUCUCUUUCUCUUCCUGAGUGUUUAUCUCUCAUGGUUGCCCAAGCCAUAUGAUUGCUGAUUGCAUCAUAAGCAAAUCAGCACCGAGAACCCUUUACUGCAACAAGCGGAGUCAAGAAGGCUUUUCGGGAAGGAAUAAUAGUGAGCUUUGGGGUCAAAGGUCACUCGGAACAUUUAGCUCGAUCACAGAAAAGAAGAAAAAAAAAAAAGAACAGAUCCGAACUCCCUGUCGACGUUUCAUUUCUGUCAUGUUUCUCGCUCCAUCCGCUGGCAUUAUUGUGAUGUCUGCUCAGGCUGAACACUGUGGGGAGGGGGGCAGCGUCGCAGGUGAGCAGACGAGGACGUUCUGGAAAUGAGAACUCACACUCGACUAAGCACUCACAUGGCUUUCCACUGAAUAAACUUUGCUUUGACGUCCCAGUGUUGCUCUUGUUUUCUCCUUUGCGACGCUCUCAUCACAUCUACUCCGCUCGAUUCUCCAGCGGUGAACUUUGUCGGACCCCACGGAUGGAAAUUCACAUCCAGCAUGGGUUUCAGAACACAAAAAGAGAAAUCCUUUCACAUCGACCGCAGAGGAGCCGUCUUCUGCGGGCCAAAGCUUAGAAGAAGCGAUCUCAUUCCUGUGCAGAUUCAAAGAUAUUGCACUUAAUGGAUGGUUUGGAGCAACUGGAGGCUCGGGAGUCCAACUUGGAAUCAGGGACACAUUGUCACUGCACUGCUAAUCGUAAUCUACCGAGAAGGACUUUGCGAUUGGAUUUAAAACAAAGUACACAGUAAAGGCAGUCGCAAAAAGGUACACUUGAGCUCACUGUAACUCGACCUUGAUACCUAUAAGGUAUUGGGACACUUAAAAAAAAAAUUAAA